AUGAUGGAGACCCUCAGAGGCCGUCCCACCCUCACCAGCGAGGCCCUUGUUCCACAGGAAGCAGUGUGCUAUUCCGCAGAGUACCGGGAGUUCGACUGCCGCACUGCGCCCUUUGGCAACCACCCUCCCGGAGAUUUUGACGAUGGGUUCCUGCGCAGAAAACAGCGCCGGAACCGGACAACCUUCACGCUUCAGCAGCUGGAAGCUCUGGAGGCAGUUUUCGCCCAGACGCACUACCCCGAUGUAUUCACCAGAGAAGAGCUGGCCAUGAAAAUAAACCUCACGGAAGCCAGAGUGCAGGUUUGGUUCCAGAACCGAAGGGCGAAAUGGAGGAAAACAGAGAGAGGGUCCUCCGACCAGGAGCCAGGAGCCAAGGAGUCCAUGGCAGAGGUGACGUCACCGCCGGUGAGAAAUGCCAAUUCCCCACCCCCGGGGGACCAGGCCCGGAGCAAGAAGGAGGCCCUGGAGGCCCAGCAGAGCCUGGGGCGAACUGUGGCUCCCACAGGACCUUUCUUUCCCUCCUGCCUGCCGGGGACCCUGCUGAACACGGCCACGUACGCCCAGGCCCUGUCCCAUGUUGCGUCCCUGAAAGGGGGCCCGCUGUGCUCUUGCUGUGUCCCAGACCCCAUGGGGCUCUCCUUCCUCCCGCCCUACGGCUGCCAGAGUAACCGCACGGCCAGUGUGGCCGCCCUGCGCAUGAAGGCCCGUGAGCACUCGGAAGCCGUCCUGCAGUCAGCCAACCUCCUGCCAGCCACCAGCAGCAGCCCCGGCCCUGCGGGCAAGCCAGCGCCCCCCGAUGGCAGCCAGGACAAGACCCCUUCUGCCAAGGAACAGAGCGAGGGUGAGAAGAGUGUAUGAGGGGGUGCCACGCCGGCACCCUCCCCAUCCCUGUUUCUCCCAGCCUCAGCCCCAUGGAAAACGCAAAAGAACAAGGAGAAGCCUGCGCCCAGAGCCUCCUCCUGGACUCUGGAAGGGAUGAGACCACAGCUCCCUUGCUGUCUGGGGAGUGCCUCUGGCGUCCUGCCAGCCGGCCCGUGUUGUCCUGGCUUCUUUGGUGACAGGUCCUGAUGGCACUGGUGGCACCGGAGCCGACUCUGUGGUGGGACCUGUCGGGUUUCCUUCUGUGCCCAGAAGUCUUGGGGGAAAGUAGAGUUGCUGCCCCCAUCCCCUUCCUGUCCAUUUCCUGGGCUGCCAUUGAUGGUCUGGUCAACUCAAAGAGCUGUGACAUGAGACGCCCAGGGCUAUGAAAUGGGACUGUCCUUGGUCCAUUAAGAACCAGGAAACUGCUGUAAUUCCAACCAACUCUUAUUCCCUCUCCCAAGUCCAGCAGCCAUGCCCCCCUUUCUCUUGGUGAAGUCUAUUGGCUGUGGGCUUGGAUAGUUAGAAGGUGAGAGGAUGUGGGGUGGGGAGAGGCUGAUGGGGCGCAGCCUCUCUCAGGGGUACACGGUGGCUCUGCCCCAGCAGUUCUCACUGGCUCUUGUGGCCACACAGGCUGCCGGCUCUGGGUAUUGGGGCCGCACCCUGACACUGCCGGCGUGGAGCGGCGAGGCCGCCCGCUGCAGGCCCUGCCUCUCCGGACUGGCCUCUCGGUCAGUGGACAGCAGCGCUCUGGUCCAGGAAGCUGUGCGCCCUCGGAGGGGAGGGGCCCCAGGAUGCCUCUGACACAGGUCGCAUCCGGACUGACUACCUGUCCGCAGGUCCCCGGUGCAGAGGGAGCUCUCCGGUGGUUGUUUGGUCUUUUUAACUGAAGGAAAAAUAGCAGGAGACAAGAUGAGAGCGGUGUACGCGCAGAAUGGAGCAUGGACGAGGGCUUCCUCGGGUGACGGGAGCUCAUUCCAAAGGGCCAAACCGCAGAGACUCAGUGUUGGUCUAGGCUGGGGUCUGUUUCCUCACCUUCUCUGUGUGGGUCGUGGACUCGAAGAGAUCAAAGGGAAAUGUGCAAUAGCGCGGGACCUGCCUUCCCGGGCAGGCGCCUGGUCCCGGGGGAGGCGGUCUCCCAUGGCUUACGGGGUGUUUCCAGGCAAACCCUUCCGCCUUUACACGAUUAUUUUCCUUUCAGUUUCCAUAAUCAAAAGGCUCCACCUUCAGAUCACCCUGCCCCCUUCUUCCCCUCCCCUCCAAGCCCUCAAACAAUAUUCCUGAGUGUGUUGUGCCUCGUCUCUGAUUCCUGCAAAGCAUUUGAUAAAAUACACUGUCUCCUUAAAAACACACAAACCCUUUUCCUGCUGUAUUUUGCUUGUUGAGUACCAAGAUGAAACGAUUUGCCAAAGAGCGGCAAAGGCGCUUCCGUUUCGCUGUAAUUACGAAUGUUGGGUUGAACGAUGCAAGCUCAAGCCCUUAUGUACACUAACUCUUCAAUCUAAUUGUUUGAUUAAACUCGUAUUUCCUCCAGAAAGGUACAUAAAUAAGUGAACUGUUGAGCAAAUUAAGAAUACUUAACAGCAUUGCAUCUGAAAAGUAGUUACGCUGAUUAAAUUUUGUGUCCUUGA